AUUGUGUGUGCGUGUGUCUGCAUUUUUUUCCCCUGACAUGAAGAAGGAAACCAAGUGAGUAUUUGCACUCUGUGCCUGUGAACGGUGGUCCUGAGCCUUUUCAAUCGUUUCACUUCAAUGAGAAAGUGGAGAGUUUAGCUGUGAGAAAUAUACUGGACUUUGGUCACAAUGUGGCGUGGUUGGAUGCCCUUCAUCUUGGCCUGGGUGUCCAUGGCAACCCUGACUCUCUGCCAAAGUGGAGAUUGGGGUUCAGGCUUUGACAUCUUCCCCGCGUUAAUGGCCACCAACGACACGUCUCAGGCAGUUGGCGAUGAGCCUGUGAGGGUGAGAAACAAUCAAGACUGGAUCACAUCAGCAGCUUCCCCACCACCACCACCCUCCCCCACACUGCAUUAUGAGCCCCAACCGGACAAAUGCUCGGUCCACUUCAGUACUAACGCCGCUGCGGCUCGAAGGCUGAAGGCCCAGAAAGAGGAGCUGGCAUACCUGCAGGCCAUCCAGCAUGGGAACAAGGCAGUGAUGGAGAGCUUGGUGCAGUUUGUGGGGGCAGAGCUGGGGGAACAGAGCUACGAAGAUGUGAUUAAGGAAAAUGUCAUCGGCAUCCAAGGGGAACACAAGAGCUGCCAUGAGGUGGUGGAGAAAGCGGAAGAAGACAUGGCGAAGCAGCUGGAGGGAGAAGUGUUGAGCGCCGGGCUGCAGAAAAUCAGGGAAGAGUCCACAGCUUUUGAAGACAUGCUCCGUGCUGCAGUGGACAUCGCCAACCGGCUGGAGAUCUCAUCGCAGGGCCUGCAUGCUUCGCUCACCAAGCAGCUGAAAGACAUUGGCAAAAUUCGUAGCUAAGAAAAUGUUGAAAAAAAGACUUUCUGCCCUCAUGUCAUCCUUCAACAUGGUGAAGAGGUUUUGGUAACCUUUGUGAGAUUCAAAACAAUGAUAAAAACUUUCCAGCGUCCUAUAUCUGUUAUUGAAUCAAACUAUAUGUGCUUUACACAGAUGCAACAAUGCGUCAAGGUCAGCCCUCACUCUAGGAAUUUGAUGGUUAAAAGAUGACGGGAAAGUUGAAGGGUGGACGAGAGAACACAGCAGAGAAGGAUUGUUGGGGGAAAAAAAAUAGUUUCCCCUUCAAUGAAAUUAAGACCCCAUAACCCAUAAAAUAUAAUUCUCCACCCAGGCUUUAUUUGUGGAAUUGGUUGAGGUCAAAUGUGGUAACAGUAUGCGGUACAGGUUUUAGCCAAGUUGAGUGUUUAUAGCUCAAAUUAGAUUGGCCAUCGGAGACAAAACAUAAUUGCUCUGUUAGUCUUUUCCAGAAAAAAAAACUAUGGAUCAGCCAUCUGGUUCCAGGGCGAGGAUGGAGGCCAGGACACGUUUAGAAGGAUGGGUGCGUUCCAAUGAACAAUUUGUUUUGCAAUAAAAAGGAUAAACAGCAACUGGAACUGUAUCGUUAUUAAGUAUUGUUUCUGAAAAAAAAACCUACUGCAAUAAUCUGUGGAUGAUGGACGAGAUGUUGUAUCAACAAUUAGACGACUCCUUACUGUCAAAAGGAAGAAAUAACAGGAAAAACACCAUAAAAAACAUGAUAAAGCUCUCUAAACAAAGCACCUCUGAAUCUGCAUAUUGUUUUAAAGGACAGCUUGUGAGAUUUUACAUAAGAUGUUACCUUUAGGAUCCGGGGGAGGACAUUUUUUGUGGGUCUCUUAGCUGGAAUAAGAUGUUGCAAAGUGAGAAACACACCUCUGUAGUGUAUCCAGCUUUACUGUGCUAUGUUGUCUUUGACCCUGCUUUCAAAUCAUGUUUUAAGUCAUAAAAAAGGUGUAAUAUGAAUGUGAGAAAUGUAUGAUAGAAGUAUACCAGUAAAGAUCGGCAAGCAAUGAAUCAGCCUUGUUUUUUGUUUUUGUUUAAUUGCUGCCACUCUUUCACCUCCUCUACUCAUAAUAAUAAUAAUUAGGGGGGACUUCACUAUUCAUUCACCUAGUGUGCCCUCUAGCUGUGUCUUACAGAAAUAUGCCAUGGACGUUUCAGUUGCACAUGUCACUCAUUUACAUAUUUUAUAAUGUUUUAUAAAAUAAAUAAACGAUUAGUCAUUUGGA